GAGGGAGGAGGAGGAGGACGACUUGAGAGCGUUGCCGACGAAGACGGGCCCCCACCCCCCCACCGGGACCCCACCGUGACCCCACCGAUGUUGUCUCUGCUGGGGCCAGGCUCCAUGAUGCUGCAGACGAUUUACGAGUCCGAAUCGCAUUUCCCUCCAGACGGAGCGUCGGGACGGGAGCAGCCGCUGGACCUCGUGUCUCCGCGCAGGCCCGGCGUCCUCGCGUCCACAGUGGAGGUGAGCCAGUCCCUGUCCACGCAACCCAACCUCGGCCUCCGCGCCCUCUCCUCCAUGCCGGGCGUCGGGGGGGUCCUCGCCUCCGCGGGGGGCAGCAGCGGCGAAACCGGGAUGGGCGGUAGCGGUGGCGGCGCCAUCGUCAUCAUCGGUGCCGAGCUGCCCUCCUCGGCGGCAUCUUCGCCACCCCAGCAGCAGCAGCAGCAGCAGCAGCAGGCGCAGCCGGCGACCCCGGGUGGCCUCCCGCACGAGCAGGACCUGCAGCACGAACUGCAGGCGCUCAAGCAGCAGCAGCAGAUCCAGAAACAGCUGCUGCUCGCCGAGUUCCACAAGCAGCAGGAGCAACUUGCGCGACAGCACGAGGCGCAGUUGCAGGAGCACAUCAAGCAGCAGCAGAUGAUGGCGCUGAAGCGGCAGAGGGAGAUGCUGGAGGCUCAGCGGAAGAUGGAAGCGGCGCGUGAGGCCGAGCUGCAGGAGAAGCAGCGGCGCGAGCAGCACCUGCAAGCGCUCAAGUACAAGGAGAAGGGCAAAGAGAGCGCCGUCGCGAGCUCGGAGGUGAAGCAGCGCCUGCAGGAGUUUGUGCUCAACAAGCGGCAGCGCGGCCCCACCAUCACCCCCAGCACGGGCGCCAUCAACCACACGCUGCCGCACAACCAGCGCCUGUGGCUCGCCGUGGCACAGCACGGCUCUUUUGAGAACAGCUCGCGGCCGGGCGGCGUCACCCAGCUGUGCCAGCACCCCGACAUCGGCAACUACGAGUCCAAGGACGACUUCCCGCUGAGAAAAACCGCGUCCGAGCCGAACCUCAAGCUGCGCUGCCGACUCAAGCAGAAGGUGGCGGAGAGGCGGAGCAGCCCCCUGCUGCGGCGCAAGGACGGCACCGUCGUCACCACGCUCAAGAAGAGGCCCAUGGACGUCACAGGCCCCACGGUGUGCAACAGUGCGCCGGGCUCAGGGCCCAGCUCCCCCAACAACAGCUCCAACAACAUCACGAACGAGAACGGCACCAUGGGCUCCAUCCCCAACAUGCAUGCCGAGCACCCGAUGCUGUCUCCUGAGCGGAUGCUGACGCGCGAUGGCAGCACCCUCACUCAGAUCAGCCUCUACACAUCGCCCUCGCUGCCCAACAUCUCGCUGGGGCUGCCCGCCACGGGCGCCGCCACUCCACACAUGGCGGGGAGCCUGGCGGCGCAGCACGAGGCGGAGCGGCACGCCGUGCUGGGCAUGCGCGGUGGCGCCGCCGGCGCUCAGUUCGUGGGCAGCGUCCCCUUUCUGCCACGCCACGACGGCAACGCGGGUGCCGCCACCCUGCAGCAGCAGAUCCUCCUGCUGGAGCAGGCGCGCCUCGCCGGUCUCGGCGGCGUGACGCCCCACCCGCAGUCGCCGCUGGCGCUGGGCGGCUCGCCGACGCUGCGCCGCACGCCGGCCAAGAUGGGGCGGCACCAGCCGCUGGGGCGCACGCAGUCGGCGCCGCUGCCGCAGAGCCCCCAGGCCCUGCAGCAGCUCGUGCUGCAGCAGCAGCACAAGCAGUUCCAGGAGAAGCAGAAGCAGUUGCACCUCAACCAGCUGCUGCUGUCGAAGGCGGGCGAGCCGGUGCGCCAGCACGAGGCGCACCCCGAGGAGACUGAGGAGGAGCUGCGCGAGCAGCAGGCCAUGAUGCAGGAGGAGGAGGGGGCGGCCGUCGCCGACGAGGUCCGCGUCAAGCGGGAGCCCGCGGACAGCGACGACGACGAGGACGACGAGGACGACGAGGACGACGAGGUGCGCGAGGGCUCGCCCCUCGGCGGGGGAGACGGCGCUACCGCCGCCGGGGGGUUCAGCGAGCAGCAGCAGCGGCAGCAGCAGCAGCAGCGGCAGUUCCACGCGGCACUCUUGCAGCAGCACGCCGCCCUCAUCGGCCUGCCCCCCCCGCACCCGCAGCAGGCGCUGGUGCUGGAGCAGCAGCAGCUGCACCAGCUGCGCAUGUACCACGCGGCGGGGAUGCCCGCAUGCGCCCACGCGCCCGGGCACCGGCCGCUGUCGCGAGCGCAGUCGUCCCCGGCCUCCGCCACCUUCCCCUUGCCGGCACCGCCGCCCGAAGCGCCUGUCAAGCACCGCUUCACCACCGGCCUGGUGUACGACACGCUGAUGCAGAAGCACCAGUGCACGUGCGGCAACAACACCAACCACCCCGAACACGCCGGGCGCAUCCAGAGCAUCUGGUCACGCCUGCAGGAGACCGGCCUCGUCAACAAGUGCGAGCGCGUGAGGCCCCGCAAGGCGACGCCCGAGGAGAUCCGCACGGUCCACUCGGAGCAGCACGCACUCCUCUACGGCACCAGCCUCUUCAACCCCCCCAAGAUCGAGCCCAAGAAGAUGCACGGAUCCCUGCCUCAGAAGGUCCUGGUGAUGUUGCCGUGCGGCGGCCUGGGGGUGGACAGCGACACCAUCUGGAACGAGCUGCACUCGUCGGGGGCGGCACGCAUGGCGGCCGGCUGCGUCACCGAGCUGGCGUACAAGGUGGCGGCCGGGGAGCUCAAGAAUGGGUUCGCGGUGGUGAGGCCUCCAGGGCACCAUGCCGAGGAGUCGAUCGCCAUGGGAUUCUGUUUCUUCAACUCGGUGGCGAUCGCCGCCCGCGUGCUGCAGCAGAAGCUCAACGUGAAGAGGGUGCUCAUCGUCGACUGGGACGUCCAUCACGGAAACGGGACGCAGCAAGCGUUUUACAGCGACCCCAGCGUCCUCUACGUCUCCCUGCAUCGGCACGACGAGGGCAACUUCUUUCCCGGCAGCGGAGCCGCUGACGAGGUGGGCGUUGGUGCGGGCGAGGGCUUCAACGUGAACAUCGCGUGGACGGGCGGCCUCAGCCCCCCCAUGGGGGACGCCGAUUACCUGGCGGCGUUCAGGACGCUCGUUAUGCCCAUCGCCAACGAGUUCUCCCCGGACGUGGUGCUCGUGUCCGCCGGCUUCGACGCCGUCGAGGGCCACCCCGCGCCGCUCGGCGGGUACAACGUCACCGCCAAAUGCUUCGGUUAUCUGACGCAGCAGCUGAUGACGCUGGCGGGCGGCCGCGUGGUGCUGUCGCUGGAGGGGGGGCACGACCUCACGGCGAUCUGCGACGCGUCCGAGGCCUGCGUCUACAGCCUGCUGGGCAGCGAGAUGGAGCCUCUGUCCCAGGAGGUCGUUCAGAAGAGACCGAACCCGAACGCCGUGGCGUCGCUCGAACGCGUCAUCCAGGUUCAGAGCAAGUACUGGCGCUGCCUGCAGAGGCUGGCGCCCACGGUGGGGUUGUCGUUGCUGGAGGCGCAGAAGCACGAGAAGGAGGAGACGGAGACGGUGACCGCCAUGGCCUCCCUCUCCGUGGACGCCACGCAGGCGGCCGCCGACACCGCCGCCGCCGCCGCCGACGACAAGAGGCCGGUGGAGGAGCCCAUGGAAGAGGAGCCGGCGAUGUAAGCGACGGACCCGGUGCGUUUGGAUUGCGGCCGGCACGGCUCGCUCCACCGAGCGUUUGGCAGCGCCAUCCCAACCCUCCCCGCCCUCCUCCCCCCACCCCCCUGCUGACGGAGGGGGUCAGGCGAUCUUCGGAAACGAUGGGGGGGGGGGGGGGCGUGCGUGCGUGUGCCCGGCGACAGUCGCUCCGUGUGUGUCCGUACGAUGGUGCGGCCCAACGGCCCGCCCGGAGGGGGGGCCGCGUGACGCUGGCGAUUCGGCGAGUCUGAAACACGCCGCGGGCGCGACGCGAUUAUCCCACACCCCCUCACACCAGUCGCUCGCUAGAGCCGUGUCUUAGAAUGAGUCCGUUGCUCGCCGUUCCUUUCCUCUCGUUGAUUUUUUUUUUACAUGCCUUCACCUGUUUUGUUGUAUAGAGUUUCCUUAGUAGGCCAAUUUCUUGAGCUUAAGAGUAUAAGUCGUUUGCGGCAAAACGACCGAGACACUUUUUUUUUUCAUACUGUAUAAAAUCUAGUUCGUUCUUUUUUUAAAGUUGUUGUUGUUGUUUUUGUUGGGGGUGCGGGGCGGGGCGGGGCGGUCUCGGUGGGGGGGUCCCGGGUGGGUCGGGCGCGCGUGGCGCGUGGGGGGGGGGUCUCAGAGCGACGAUGGGAAGCGGUCGUGCACGUGAAUGCUCUCGGGGGGGCGACAUCGUCGUCCGGUCGAUGCGCUCUCGCGGCGGCGUGGAAGUGAAACUUCUGAGGAGUGCCUUUUUUGAGACGGGAAUGUCUGCGUUGACACUGCCUCGCUGAACGCCGAUUUAAAAUGCGUCGUCUUGGCCAGAGGACACACGCCGCACCAUCUCCACUUUGUCGUUGUCGUCGUUGUGGUUACCGUGUGUUAUUUUGAAUUCCUUUAACGCUCCAGAAUCACCAGCAAUUGUUCUUAUUCUGUUCCAAAGUAGGCUUUUGUAAGAAUGACACAAAAUGCAAAGUAUGUUUGUUUAAAGUAGAUUGUGUUCUCUGUGUAUUCCUCAUCUUAGCAGGGUUAAGCUUGGGUAACGGUGAUCUUCUUUUAAAUGAGAUAUUUUUUACUCUCUUUUGCAGGUCCUACUUGCCUGGGUAUUGGUAUUAACAUUUAACAGUUUCACUCUUUUUGUAUGCUACUUAUAUUUGAUCUAUUUAUUCCUUUCCCUAUUGAUUUUAAGAAAUAAAACACCGUACUUCAGAGUAUUUUUCCUUUCCUUGCAAAAUGUUUAUAUCUUGCUCAAAUAGGAAGAGACGUAAAAAAAUAAUUACAUUUUGUUUAUAACGUACAUGCGUUGAAUGACCAAGAAAAUAUCGCUGAGAGCUGUAUACCAUAUUGAUACCUUAGUGGCUAAGUUUUACAAAAAACUGAGUUGUCUUUUCCCCCCUCCUCGUGUUCUCGCUGUUGUACAUUUCUUUCUUAAGUAGUUCACAACGUUUUAAAUCCUGGGCUCACGUACACGUGUGUUGGUGUGUACGUACGUGCGUCGAACUUCUUUCGCACCGUACGUAGCCAAGCGUGCUCAUCGCAGGUGUAUAUAACAGGGCAGCGGCGGCGUGGCGACCGCAGCAUCGGUGAGGAUCGGUAUCUGAACUUCACCCGGUCACGCCCCUAGGUCAGCUGGGCCUGAAACGACCACCGUUGGUGGUGGUGAUGGUUACGGUUAUCGGCAGCAGCAAUGGGGGAACGAUGUGUGUGGUCCUUGCCCUGGACACAACAACACGUGUGCCCGUUCCGGCCUCAGUGUGCUCACCGCAACCACCGCCUCUUUGCCCCGGCGCCUGUAAUAAGGAUAACCAGGAUUUUCUUUUUUAUAUAUAUAUUUAUGUAUAUACAUGCAUAUUCAUAUAGAGCACAGGUUAUUGCUGGAUGUGUCGGUGGUGUCAUGGGCUUUCAUGAAUACGCUUUGAGGUUUAUCUCCGUUACGUGUAUGUACGGCACAGUGGCAUCUGAAUUCCAAAUCCACAGUUUCGAUUUAACUCUCGCAACUUGUGUUCCUCCCGGCCAUUCCUGAAGGCCACGCACAAAAGCCUCUUCUCGAUCUUGUAAAAUAAGGUCCUUUCGUUUAUCUGUUUUAUUUGUACACGAUAGUAGCAGGAAUCAAAGCUACUACACCCGAUCCCGUUCAUUUACCGGUGCCUCUAUGGAAAUGUGCGCCCCACGAGUUUCGUGGGAAACGCACGCACACGCGCGCACACACGCACACACGCGCACAUUCACCCACACGCAUGCACGCCGCUCAGCGCGUGUCGCUUAGCAUAGACCGCGAGCCGGCCGAAAGCGUGGGUUCACAGUCAGAACCUUUAUUUAUACUGGAGAAAUCUGAUGAGCUGCAAAGCUCUUUCAUUGUCACAGAUGUCCAGUACAGUUACGUCAACGCGCUAAACGUCAAUCGACCACGGACCGCGUCCGUGGCGCCCCAACGCUCUGCCGCGGUCGGCACGGCAACCGCCUCCACCCUCCGUCUACCUUCUGUCAAACUCCCUCUUCCUUUUUUUGAAAACGGUAAACGUCGAAGUUUGUGGCAUUAACCAAAAUUAGCGAGUCCUACUGUAUUUAGUUUUUGCGUCAUUCAACACCGCCCGGUUUAACAAUCAAAAUGUAUCCUCGGCAAGAGGAGGCCUUCUCUUAAUGGGUUACGCGUGGGGGGGGCGGGCAUCUAGAUUUGAGAAGCGGUCACUUAAGUUUUCUAAAUCUGAAAAAAAAAAUGUACUGCCCCCGUCACCAUUAAAAUCCAUGUCACCGAACUCUUUUUUUCUUUUGUGUGCGUGUGCUGUACGGCUUUGCUGCAUCGAGCCGCGAUCAUCUCGCGGUGUCGGACGGAGUACAGCGACGGGCGUGAGAGGGGGAACGCCGCGCGAUCAUUGGGGAAACGUUGUAAUUUGUCGAGGUGGUUAAAAAAAAACACAUUUCUCACCGGUGUUUCCGAUUGGGCGGCACAAAACAAACCUGUUGUGCGUUUUUGGCAGCACAUGAGAGCCGUGUGCGGCGUGCAUUGUAAGUCCCCCACGGGGGGGGUGGGGGGGGUUCUAACCUACCCAUGGACCCGUUACUCUACGCUGAGAAUGGAUGGCGAAAACGGCGCGUUUGUUUUCCUUCUGUUCACUGAUGACAGACGUAAUUCUAUAGGAAGCGGUCGUGGAUAUGAAACAUAUUGUUUUAAGAGGUAUUUUUGAAAGAAUAUAUAUUUUGAAAGUUGAUGAUGAUGAUGAUGAUAAUUAAAAAGAGGUUGUAAUGUGUUGUAUAAAAAAAAUACCAAAAACUAAAAAAAGCACCCUCGUUUCACAAAAUCUUUAACGGUGUCCAAAUUCGAGCGUUACGUCACUUGAUGACACUGUACUUAUUGCAAACCUUGCCCGCGUCCUGCCGGGAAACAUCCUCUCAGUCACAACCAAAAGACUCUUACAUUCUGUGUGCGCUGAGCUGAUGCUAUAGGCUUUGGAUAGUUUUAACUUGUUUAGUCUGUCCGAUUAAAAUGUUGGUGUUUUACUGUGUUUUCAAACUGUAUCUUUCUUUUUUUCUAUCCCACAAGUUUGCUCGUUUUGUAAACUGUAAAACGACCCGAUUGUUAACGAUUAAAAUUUUUAUUUUCAAUGUAA